AGCUUCGCUCUCUCUCUCUUUAAUUAGCCUUUCAUCAUCUCCGUCGUCUAAUCUAAAUUAGGGUUUUCAAUAUCAUUCAGAGAAAAAAGAGCCAUGGGAAAAUCGAGCAGAUCCAAAGGAUCGCGAAUCAUCGGAAAAGGUGAAGUUACCCCAACUCAAAUUGCGUUUAUCGUCGAUCGCUACCUCUUCGACAAUCGAUUCACUGAAACCCGAACCCUCUUUAGAUCUGAAGCUUCCUCUCUCAUCUCUAACUCCCCACUUCGCCAUGUUCCGAAUAGUUUGAUGACUCUUGAUGAUAUGUUGAACGAUUACGUAUCUCUAAAGGAGCAGAAGGUGACUAUUGAUCAGGAGAGAGUGAGAUUGGAUCAGGAGAAGGUUAGGGUUCAUAAUCUGUUACAGGGGAUGCAGAAUGUGAUGAAUUCUUACAACGCCUCCCUCACCGCUCCUCCUCCUCCUCCUCCUCCUCCUCCGGCUACAGAAGCUCCGGCUUCUCUACAGAAAAAUCAAACUAUCUCUUCUUCUUCAGGCUUAACUCAAUACAACAAAACUCCAAAUGUUAUGUCAGUGUCAUUGCUUGGUAACAAAAGAGUAGAUUUUGGGAAUUUUUCUACACCUUCAACCACUCGGUCUAUAACCGGGAAAAGAAAGGCUCAAGCUUCUUUAGGAGCUCCUCCUGUAACUAGGAAAGCUCGUAUUACAACAGCAAAUGGGACUAAUAAGAUCACACAAACUGAUAAAGCAGCUAACAAUUUCUCAUCCCAAACUCCAUCUGAAACAGUGCCAUUAGCCAAAAGCUCUGCAACUACUGAAUUUGUUGGCCAUGGGUCGAGUGUGGUGAAGUGUUUGUUCAAUAAGCCUGAUUCGUUGGCUCCUUCUAAUUCAGCAUGCCUCACGACACCACAAAAACAUGCUUCUCCUGGGAUUGAUAAGUCCAACAGUCCACAGAAAGAAGUUAAUCCUACAAACUGCACAAUUGUUACGAAGGAGAAGUUCACAAUCAGCCCUCUCAAGCAGAUUACUUCUUAUUCAGUGGAAAGAAGUCAUCUGAUUUCUUCUUCUUCACCGGUCAAGUCUAACCUGAAGAUGUCAAAUAAGAGAGACCAUGUGAAAGGAAAGCUCAACUUUGAUAACGCUGAUACACCAAUGUGCUUAGAGGCACCUGCCACUGCAGAUUUGGUUUCAGCUUCUCCAUCCGGGUCUGAGCCAGAAGUUGAUUUAUUUGACAUGGACUUUUCUAAUUUCUUGGGUGAAAACUACAGCCUCUCGGAGCUACUAGUUGAUUUUGAUCUUGGUUGUGAAGGAGGUACAAAUCAUUGCUUGCCACAGGCCUCAAAUGCACCCAUUGAAACUGUUUCAGGGUCGUCUCCUGAAUCAGGGGGUGUUAAUCUCGAGUCUGACCAGGCCUUUUUGGAAUAUACAUCAACUGUGACUGAAGUGACUCAAGGGAAAGACAUGAACAGUCAAGGAAAUGAUGCCAAGACCGUUGCAAACUCAUUAACACAAUGCAAUCAUAUCUCGAGUCCUGGUACUUUUGCUUACUCAUUCUCCCAAUGAUGUGAUCAUCCUCGAGAUUUUUAAGAUGUAUUGAUCCUCUCCCUUACUCAAGCCAUUCUUCUCUUCACGCAGCCAAGUGUUGAAGGCAGAGAGUGACAUUACAGAUGACUGAUUUUGAAGACUAAGCUGUUAAUUUUUGUAGACCACCAGUGCAAGAUCCUCUGCUUUUGCC